GAUUUCAUAAAAGGAAGAAGUGCCGAGCAGGAGGAAAGCGGUGACUUAGAUCACACUUGCACAGGGUCAAGAAAGACUAGAUUACUCAAACCAGAGGACUUUUUGGACACUACAUUACUCUAGAAAGCUGUUUGUUACAUACUUAUCCACACACCACUAAGCCACCUCUUUGUGUGAGGUAGGAGUGAAGAAGGGGAUCCUGGCAGAAAGCAUCUGAGUGAUGACAGGGAAAGAAGGCAGUCUCCACAAAUGGCCUCAGUAAUUUCAGUGAAAUAUGAGGCAAGGUUAUCAACGAAGAAGAUAUGUUCUUCUGACUUGCAAAAGACGAUUUGAGCCAAGAGCUGAGGAGGAAGGAUUCCCGUGUUGCUGGAACGGCCCUUUUGUUUAACUCCCAGAGAAACUGGGAGGGGCAACAUGUGGAUAGUGGACAACAGCUUCAAGACAAACAGCACACCAGCAUUUCUCUGUGCAGUUAGAAUCAGCCCAAGAACCUAAGGCAUAAUCUGAAACAAAAAAAAAGAAAGAAAGAAAGAAAGAAAGAAAGAAAGAAAGAAAGAAAGAAAGAAAGAAAGAAAGAAAGAAAGAAAGAAAGAAAGAAAGAAAGAAAGAAAGGAAGAAAGAAAGAAAAAAAGAAACCAUGGACUCGUUAACAGAAGAAGCUGUGAAGUUUUAUAUUAUGAACAAGGUGGAUCCAAGACAACGUCUGCUCUCCAAGAUUGUGGAAGAGGUACAGGACGUCGUUCAUCGAUUGACCAAAGAAAUCAGCUACAAAGACAUUAGAUUCCAAGCCGUUUCUAAAUCAGUCUAUCACAAUGAAAACUUAAAGGUUUUGGCACCCACCCUGUUUGUCGUCACAGUCCCAAUAAAAGGACUACUUGGGUAUAGAAAGAGCCAGUCCCGACGAUGGAGGUAUUAUUCCGUGAGUGGUUCUAAGCUCUUCUCUCCUAUUCGGGAUCCUGAAGAAAUGUACCAAUGGCUAGAGAUAAAUCAGUUUUUGAAGACUCUACGGCAGUGGCAUGAAACGGAUGUGACAUUGGAUGGAGACAUCAUGCCAGCUAAGGUCGUUGAAGUGUUCCAGAAACUGGUGGAAGACUCAAUUACAGCCUGCAAUCUCUCUGAUGAAGUCAGCAUAUUAGACAGUUUUGGCCCUGUUGUUCGAUUGACGGUGGAGACAUCAGAAUUUCAGGUGGAGGUAGAGCUGAUUCCGGUGGUGGAGAUCCUCAACCGUUGGUGCGAGAAAGCUCACUGGCCUCGAUGUUUCUCCCGAUGGCCUUCUCGGGAGAAAGUACAGUGUGUUAAGUCAUUCGGGUUUAACCUGAUGGCUCGCUCUAGUUACCACUGGCAAGUGAGCUUCGACCGAGCUGAGAAUAUGCUGAUGGAGGGGAUAGAUGACGAUGGCGGCUGCCGAAAGAUAUGUUACCGGGUCCUGAGACAGAUGAAAGAGGACGUUUGGUGUCCUGGAAACAGACCCGUCAUCACAUCCCAGCAUCUUCAGACUAUACUGUUUUGGACUUGUGAAAAGUACCCACGUUCCAAAGACUGGCGUAUCUUCAAAAAAGCCUUCUUGCGCCUGGUCCGUAAACUACACAAGUGUGUGAACCAGCACUACCUGAAACACUUUUUCAUCAAGGACACCAACAUGCUUCAGUAUGCCAGCAGAAGUGAGUUGGAUAUAGUGGCCCAAAAGCUGACCUAUUUCCUAAAGAAACCUGUGCUCCAAGAAGACUGAGAGCUGGAAAUGGUCUCCAAGGCUUCCAGGGGCAAUCCCCCUUGGCCUUGCCUGACUUCUCCUUUGAUGACCACCACGCUAGUGGAAGUUGGGACUCUGACCACCUGCCAUGGUUCUGACAAGACAAAGGAGACAUGAACCAAGAGCAUUUCAAACUAUAUCCUCCAAAUGCCUCACCCAUAUCCUAUGUGGUUUGGGUGAAUUAUUUCACUUCUAAACUACCUCACUUGGGAGCUGAGCCUGUCCAAGCCACAGAUUGUGAAUUGUUGAUAGUUUCAUGUUUAUUUUCCUCUGAUCAGACUCCUUACUGUCUAUUGGAGAGGAGAGAGGAGACUGGAGCUCCUAGUACUGGAAAUGAUUAUGAUGACCUGGUGUACUCCCACAUCACUGACCAGAGAAUACCAUUUUUUUUUCCAUUUGUAAAAUGGGAGUAUUAAUGCCUGCUUCACCAAGACAUUAUGAGACUACUGCGAUACCCUUUCUGAUGAAAGGCACUUGAUCAACACAAAGUAUUAUUAGGAGUGACUCAUGCAUCUAGGAUAGAGAGCUUCCCUAUAUCAUUGAUUAAAAGAAUAGGUUUAAUAGCUAACUGUAUUAAUAUUUC